ACGCGGGUCGGGCGUUACCCGGGACACUCCGAUUGGCAGGAGGACUCCGGCGCCCGGGUGUCAGAGGUCAGCUGAGCCGACCUCCCUCUCUCCCUCCCCCACUCCCUCUCUCUCUUUCUCACACACUCGGCUCAAUGGCGGAGCAACAGCAGUUCUAUCUCUUGCUUAGCAACCUCCUCAGCCCUGACAACGCUGUCAGGAAACAGGCCGAGGAAACUUACGAGAAUAUUCCUGGACAAUCAAAGGUCACGUUCCUUCUGCAGGCGCUCAGGAAUUCAGCAGCUGCAGAAGAGGUAAGACAGAUGGCUGCUGUUUUAAUGCGGCGAAUGCUAUCUGCUUCUUUUGAAGAGGUAUUUCCAAGUUUAACCCCUGAGGUGCAGAAUGGUGUCAAACAUGAGCUGCUUCUGGGCAUCCAGAUGGAAGGAUCAUCGAACAUCAGGAAGAAGACCUGUGAUAUUGCAGCAGAGCUCUCCAGGAAUCUGAUAGAUGACGACGGCAACAACCAGUGGCCAGAAAUUUUGAAAUUUCUCUUUGAAUCUGUCAGCUCCCAAAAUGUGGCAUUGCGUGAGGCUGCUCUACACAUUUUCUGGAAUUUCCCAGGAAUUUUUGGAAACCAGCAACAACAUUAUCUUGAAGUCAUCAAGCGCAUGUUGCUACAAUGUAUGCAGGACCAGGAAAACUCAACGAUUCGAAUGCUGGCUGCAAGAGCUGCAGCCGCGUUUGUUCUGGCUAAUGAGAACAACACUCCCUUGCAAAAGCACUUUGCAGACAUGUUGCCUGGAGUUUUGCAGGCUGUCAAUGACUCCUGUUAUCAAAAUGAUGAUUCUGUGCUGAAGUCAUUGGUGGAGCUUGCAGAUACUGCACCAAAAUAUUUGCGUCCUCAUCUCGAGCCCACCUUAACAUUAAGCCUCAAGCUCUGUGCAGACACCAAUCUGCAAAACAUGCAGCGUCAGCUGGCCCUAGAAGUAAUAGUGACUUUGUCGGAGACUGCCUCUGCCAUGUUAAGAAAGCAUAGCAAUAUUGUGUCACAAGCCAUUCCUCAGAUGCUGGCAAUGAUGGUGGAUUUAGAAAAUGAUGACAACUGGUCAAAUUCGGAUGAGCUGGAAGAUGAUGACUUUGACAGCAAUGCUGUUGCUGGUGAGAGUGCUCUGGACAGGGUAGCUUGUGGCCUAGGUGGUAAAGUGGUGCUCCCACUGAUAAAAGAACACAUCAUGCAGAUGUUGCAAAACUCUGACUGGAAGUACAGGCACGCAGGGUUAAUGGCCCUAUCAGCGAUUGGCGAAGGCUGCCAUCAGCAAAUGGAGGGGAUCCUUCAAGAAAUUGUGAAUUUUGUCUUGCUAUUCCUUCAAGAUCCACACCCAAGAGUUAGAUAUGCAGCAUGUAAUGCCAUUGGCCAGAUGGCCACAGACUUUGCACCAACAUUCCAGAGAAAGUUUCAUGACAAGGUCAUCUCAGCACUCUUGCAAACAAUGGAAGAUCAGGCUAAUCCACGAGUUCAAGCUCAUGCUGCUGCUGCUCUUAUUAACUUCACUGAAGAUUGCCCAAAGUCGUUGUUGCUCCCAUACCUGGAUAAUCUCGUAAACCACCUGCACGUUAUUAUGGUGGCUAAAUUACAGGAGCUCAUACAGAAAGGAACUAAGUUGGUGUUGGAGCAGGUCGUUACCUCCAUUGCCUCUGUAGCAGACACUGCAGAGGAGAAGUUUGUACCAUAUUAUGACCUGUUUAUGCCGUCAUUGAAGCACAUUGUGGAAAAUGGAAUACAGAAGGAGCUCCGACUCCUGAGGGGAAAAACAAUCGAGUGCAUCAGUUUAAUAGGCCUUGCUGUCGGUAAAGAUAAGUUUAUGCAAGAUGCCUCGGAUGUGAUGCAGCUGCUUCUAAAGACCCAAACCGAUUCCAGUGAAUUGGAGGAUGACGACCCACAGAUUUCUUACAUGAUCUCUGCAUGGGCAAGAAUGUGCAAGAUUCUUGGUAAAGAGUUUCAGCAGUAUCUUCCUGUUGUUAUGGGUCCGUUGAUGAAGACUGCUUCAAUUAAGCCUGAGGUAGCCCUCCUGGACACACAAGAUAUGGAAAACAUGAGUGAAGAUGAUGGCUGGGAGUUUGUAAACCUUGGUGAUCAGCAAAGUUUUGGAAUAAAAACUGCAGGGUUGGAAGAGAAAGCAACAGCCUGUCAAAUGUUGGUCUGCUAUGCAAAGGAGUUGAAGGAAGGGUUUGCUGAGUACACUGAACAAGUGGUGAAACUGAUGGUGCCGCUCCUUAAAUUUUACUUUCACGAUGGUGUUCGUGUAGCUGCUGCUGAAUCGAUGCCUCUGCUGCUGGAAUGUGCCCGGGUCCAAGGACCCGAGUACGUGACACAAAUGUGGCAUUUUAUGUGUGAUUCUCUCAUCAAAGGAAUUGGUACGGAGCCAGAUUCUGAUGUUCUUUCUGAAAUAAUGCAUUCUUUUGCAAAGUGCAUAGAGUUGAUGGGUGAAGGCUGCUUAAACAAAGAACAUCUUGAGGAACUGGGCAAUAUUAUGAAGGGGAAAUUAGAGGAACACUUCAAAAAUCAAGAAUUGAGACAAGCAAAGAGACAAGAUGAAGACUAUGAUGAACAAGUGGAAGAAAAUUUACAAGAUGAAGAUGAUGGUGAUGUUUACAUCUUGACUAAAAUUUCGGACGUCUUGCACUCAAUGUUCAGCUGUUAUAGAGAGAAGGUGCUGCCGUGGUUUGAACAGAUCCUCCCUCUCAUAGUUAAUCUAAUUUGUCCACACAGGCCAUGGGCAGAUAAGCAGUGGGGCCUGUGCAUCUUUGAUGAUGUAAUUGAGCAUUGCAGCCCUACAUCCUUUAAGUAUGCAGAGUACUUCCUUCGGCCCAUGUUGCAAUACGUCUGCGACAACAGUCCUGAGGUCCGACAAGCAGCCGCCUAUGGGAUCGGUGUUAUGGCUCAGUUUGGUGGAGAGAAUUACAGGCCGUUCUGUACUGAGGCAAUUCCACUCUUGGUUGGAGUUAUCCAGAUGGAAGGGUCCAAAACCAAAGAAAAUAUUAAUGCAACAGAAAACUGUAUAUCUGCUGUAGGGAAAGUCAUGAAGUGUCGACCAGAAUGUGUAAAUGUCACUGAGAUUUUACCUCACUGGCUCUCGUGGCUUCCACUGCACGAAGACAAAGAAGAAGCAGUCCACACAUUCAAUUAUUUGUGUGAUCUUAUUGAAAGUAACAAUCCAAUUGUGCUUGGCCCUAAUAAUUCCAGUCUUCCUCGAGUGUUUGCUAUCAUUGCUGAGGGUCUAGUUAAUGAAGCAAUGAAGAGUGAAGAUGCCUGUAGCAAAAGAUUGGCCAACGUAAUCCGACAAGUACAGGGCUCGGGGACUCUGUGGACAGAAUGCAUGGCAUCGCUCAACGAAUCGCAGCAGGCAGCAUUACAGAAUCUGUUGAACACUGCUUGAAUGGCCUUAAAUACUCCUAACAUGCAAAAUCAUUCAUGAUUUGUCCUUUUUCUCCCUCUUCUGUGAGAGAACUGUUGUGUGGGUCACUUAUGCAGACCGCAGUGAGUAGCAGGAAGCUCUGAUUCAGCGCAUAUUGUGUAUUAAGACUGCUGGAAAUUACAAAGGAAUAUCUUCAUAUCCCACCCUUACAGCACUGAUAGUUAUUUUUCUACUUUUAUCACAAGAACAUGGCACAAUUGUGGUCAGUUUAAACAAAAACUGUCUCAUAUCAACCAUAACUAUUUUGAAACAAGUUGCUCUAGUAUUGGUGUGCAUUCAACUGGUAAGAUAUUUCUAUAUAUCUAGUAUUGUACUAAAUAGUGUGGCGAUUGAUUUUCCUCCCCCCUCCCAGCCAUCCCCCGACCAAGGUAAGCAAUUAUUUUCCUGCCUGCAAGAUCUCGUCUAUGCUAUUGUUUUUGAUAAUCCUGCCCUCUUUGUUUGCUGUCUUGCAAACAAUUCUGAAAUGUGAAUUCCUUCAGCGUGUCCAGCAGUACCUCAGUCCAAUAAAUGAUGCAAUGUGAA